AUGACUUCAGAAGAAAUUAAGAAGAAAGUUGAGGAUGCAAUUAAUGAUCACGCGAUCGUAGCAUUCACCAAAAGCCAUUGCCCGUAUUGCAAGGCGACCAAGAAAACUUUCGAAGAAUUAAAUAAGGAGAUUCAUGUGGUUGAACUCGAUCAAUGCGAAGAUGGAGCAGAAAUUCAAGCUUAUUUGAAGACUAAGACUGGUCAAGGAACUGUACCCAAUAUCUUCAUUCAUCAGAAUCAUAUUGGAGGUAACUCGGACUUGCAAAAACUCAAAGAAGAGGGAGAGCUACUGAAGAUGUUCCAUUGA